CUAGCAGAGACACCACGCACUGCGGAGAUCCCACGUGUACCGUACCAGCCUAUCAAAAAGACUGACAGUGAGGACAACGUAUCCACGUUUCAGUCCCCGCCUCCCUUCCGCCUCCUGACCAAUGAGCAUGCACUAAGCCUGUCGUCGGGCGGGGCGUAGGCGGUUCGGCCGUCUCAAGUUCACUCUGUCGACUGUUUGUGUGAUUAAUUUCGCGAAGUUUGAAGAACUUCACUCCGGCCACGGCUGUCUUUGCUGACGAAAGCCAUCUGCUCCCUCUCUUGCUGCAUCUGAAUGCUUGCGCUGUCCGCUAUCAUGUGCGAAGGCUCUGCGCUUCUCUUUUCAUUGCCUCUUCUACUCUUGUGCUCUGGACUGGACGCGACUGCAGGAAGCGAAACCAAACUAGUGGUGCCGUCGGAGUUGAGCGCAGACGAGAUUCAGCAGCUGUGGGAAGUCGACUGGGACAGCAGGCGACAUCGAGCGAGGGGCAGGCGCUCCCCACCACAGGCCCACCUCGAGGAUGGCCAGACUUUGUACAUCCGAUUACCUGCCUUUGGGAGAGAUUUGUAUCUCCAGCUCAACAGAGAUACGCGAUUUCUAUCCGAGCACUUCAUCGUGGAAACGAAGGGGGAAAACGGCACAAACCCACGGAACACGCCAGUGAGCCUGAGCUGCUUUUACAGCGGACACGCGCUGAACUCCAACAACUCUCCGGCAUUCCUCAGCACCUGCGGCGGCCUGGCUGGGAUCAUCCAACAUGGCAAGGAGUGGAUGUUCAUCGAGCCGGUCAACAAGACCCUGAGUUCAUUCAUCGGAAUGGAGCACAUAUUGACCCGGCAGAAGAGAUCCAUCACCCCUGAAUCGGAAGACUCGCUGGUCUCCUCAGACGCCUGCCACACUGUGACUGGAAAGAAAACCAUUAAAAAGGGAAAGUCCUCAAAUGACAGCCGAGGCAGAAGGAAUGCCAUCCAGCGUAACCACGACUACACUGUCGAGACCCUGGUGGUGGCCGACUCAGAUAUGGUGCGGUACCAUGGAGCAGAAGCAGCCCAGAGGUUCCUCCUGACGGUCAUGAACAUGGUCUACAACAUGUUCCACCAUCAGAGCCUGGGCAUCCGCGUCAACAUCCGAGUGACCAAGUUGGUUCUUCUCCACAGCCGUCCAGAGAAGAUAAAGAUUGGCCACCACGGAGAGCGGUCCUUAGAGAGUUUCUGCCAGUGGCAGUACGAGGAGUAUGGAGGAGCCCGUUACCUUGGCAACAACCACGUGCCUGGUGGGAAGGAUGACACCCCCCCUGUGGACGCCGCUGUUUUUGUGACGAGGACAGACUUCUGCGUUCACAAAGAUGAGCCAUGUGAUACAGUGGGAAUUGCGUACCUCGGUGGAGCCUGCAGUGCCAAAAGAAAAUGCGUGUUGACGGAGGACAACGGGCUCAACCUGGCGUUUACGAUAGCCCACGAACUCGGCCACAACAUGGGGAUGAGUCACGACGAUGACCACCCGACGUGCGCUGGACGUUCCCAUGUCAUGUCUGGCGAGUGGGUGAAAGGGAGGAACCCCAGUGACCUGUCCUGGUCCUCCUGCAGCCGGGAUGAUCUGGAAAACUUUCUGAGAUCAAAGGCAAGUGGCUGCUUAUUGGAAACUGACCCCCGGGGCCGUCAUGUGCUCAAGCUGCCCCCCAAGUUGCCUGGCAUGCACUAUAGCGCAGAUGAGCAGUGCAAGAUUUUAUUUGGCACAAAUGCAACGUUCUGCAAUAACAUGGAGCACCUGAUGUGCUCAGGACUCUGGUGUUUGGUGGAAGGAGACACUUCAUGCAAGACUAAGUUGGACCCUCCUCUGGAUGGCACCGAAUGUGGCGCAGAUAAGUGGUGUCGAGCCGGAGACUGUGUCAGUAAGACCCCCAUUCCGCAGCACGUGGAUGGUGACUGGAGCACUUGGAGUUCCUGGAGCAUGUGCAGCAGGACGUGUGGGACCGGAGUCCGAUUCAGGCAGAGGAAAUGCGACAAUCCUCCACCGGGCCCAGGUGGGAAGCACUGUCCUAAGGCAAGUGUUGAGCAUGAAGUCUGCGAAGGCCCACCUUGUCGCAAAGGAGGUCCCACCUUCCGUGACCAGCAGUGCCAGUCACACGAGGGACAAGGAAGUAAAAAGAAAGGCCACUGGACAGCAGUGAUUAAUGACGAUAAGCCGUGUGCCCUCUUCUGUACUCCGCUGGGCCGAGACUCUCCGGAACUGGCAGCGGAGCGAGUGCUCGAUGGCACCCCAUGUGGACCAUACGAAAGCGAUCUGUGUGUGAAUGGCAAGUGCCAGAAAAUUGGAUGUGAUGGCAUCAUUGGCUCUUCAGCUAAAGAGGAUCGGUGUGGAGUUUGUAAUGGAGACGGCAAGUCCUGCAAGAUCGUGAAAGGGGAUUUCAACCACACCAGGGGGACAGGUUACAUUGAGGCAGCCGUUAUCCCUGCAGGAGCAAGGAGAAUCAAAGUGGUGGAAGGGAAACCCGCGCACAGCUUUCUGGCAUUAAAAGAUUCCAGUAAGAGAUCGAUCAACAACGACUGGAAGAUUGAGCUUCCCGGGGAGUUUCAGAUCGCUGGCACUACCGUCCGCUACGUGAGGAGAGGACUCUGGGAGAAAAUGUCCGCCAAGGGACCCACUAAAACGCCUCUGCAUCUCAUGGUUCUUCUCUUCCACGACCAAAACUACGGAAUCCAUUACGAAUACACGAUCUCCAUAAACGAGACAGCGGAGAAUGAGACGGCGGCAGAGAAGCAGCCCGAAGUGGUCUUCUUCUGGACUCACAGCAGCUGGGAGGAGUGCAGCGUCCAGUGCGGAGGAGGUGAGUGCAGAUCUACGGUUUCCUGCUCAAAGGUUGUGAACAAGACCGUGACGCUGGCCAGAGACAAAGACUGCCGACUAGAGGACAAGCCGGCCCCCCACAUCAGGAGGUGCAACACGCAGCCCUGCCAAUCCCGGUGGCUGACUGCUGAAUGGGGUCCUUGUUCCAUCACUUGUGGAAAAGGCAUCCAGUAUCGGGAAACGUCCUGCACGUAUCAGCUACAGAACGGUACCUACAUCGCCGCUCGGGACGCUUACUGCGUGGAGCCCAGACCCGCUAUGAUGCAAAGCUGUGAAGGUCAGGACUGCCUUUCAGUAUGGAAAGCAUCCGAGUGGUCAAAGUGCUCGGCAGACUGUGGCAAGGGUACCCACAGACGGAUGGUGACCUGCAGUAACUCUCAGGGCAACUGUGACCCAGCGAGCAAACCGAGAGAGGAAGAGGAGUGCGAAGAACUUUCCAGCUGCUACGAAUGGAAGACAGGAGAAUGGCUCAAGUGCUCUUCUACGUGUGGGAAAGGCCUUCAGUCCCGGGUGGUGCAGUGCAUGCACAGAGUCACCGGUCGUCAUGGCAACGAAUGCCCUACUGUCACAAAGCCACCAGCCUACAGGCAGUGUCACCAGGAGAUCUGCAACGAGAAGGCGAACGCCAACACCAUCACCUCACCUCGACUCGUUGCUCUCACCUACAAGUGCCCAGGAGACCAAUGGACGGUUUAUUGCCGGGUGAUACGAGAAAAAAACCUUUGUCCGGACUUGAGGUGGUAUCGACGCUGCUGUGAAACCUGCAGAGACUACUAUGCAACCAAGACGCAGUCUAAGAGUUAAUGGUAACGCGUGCUACGCCAUUGGUGGUACGUGCCCGGUGUAGGGUGUCUCAAAAAACUGAAUCAACCUGUUUUCAUAAACCAUAUCUGCUCCCGUAGUGGACUCAGACUUGAAUGUGCUUCUAACCAGUAGUAGAAGGGGAAAUCGGUCGUAAGUUGAACACUCCGAUUGUGAACAUGGAGUCGUCCCAUCAAGCUCCUUUUCUUCUGCGAAGACUGGGUGUGUGGCACUCAACUGGAAGUGAAUGGCGCAGAGCACAUUCAGGGUGCCAAUAUGUCGCCUUCCACCCACCACAGAUGAAAAAUCGACCUUCCUCGGUUUAUGUCAUUUCGUUUAUGAAAAUGGGUCUGCCUUUUUGAGACAUUCCACGUGUGGAUACGUACACAAGAGUAGAGCCGUAUAGUUAGGAGAAGACUCGAAGAGCGCAAGUUACCGAAGUGAAAGCGGAUUCCAAUACUUGAAAUUUGUUGCAAAAACACCAAAGUAGUAACUUAUUACUUUUAUAAAAUGUUUAAAAAUAGAAAACCUCAAGGAACCUACCAUUUGAACAGAAAUUUUUUACCGUGCUUUCUUGCUCUACGUCACGUCCUUUAACAUCCCACUCCACUGCCUUUCCAAAGGCCACUGGUUGGCCAAGCAAGAAUCCAAAGUGUGGGGGGAUCCUUUUGUGUUUGUUUUCGCUUUCAGAUUUACUCGUCACACAUUGUUUCGUACACUUCUUCCAUAUUACGUUGUAAUCGUUGUGGCCGUCACGAGGGGGGUGUCUUUGAUGCCCCCAAACCCCAGACACAACCAAUUGGACUGCAGUCCCAGGUUCAAAAACUAGUUUGUUAGAGUCAAAUACCUUACACAAAAUCCACACCAACACAAUUCCACUUCCUUCUCGGUCAUCCUCAUUCUCCUCUUCCUCCUCCUCUCCCCCAAUUCCAAAUCCCCAAGGUAUGUUGAGGAUCCCCUUUUGACCCUAACCUGGGAGUACUUCAGAUGCCCGAUUGCUACCUCCGGUGAACCACCCCAAAGAGAGGGGACUCGCCUCCCAUUGGCUC